AAGACGUAUCGAGAGAUGGGCUCUUCUCUUAAUAUCUUCCCCUGAAACUAACGAGUGCAUUAAAAACCCUAGCUGCGAAGGCCAAGGCUGUAGGGUCUCUUACGUGAUUCUCAGGCCCGCUAUGAUUGGCUGACAUUUCGUUGAAUCUUAGAGUGCAGGGGCGAGGAGGACGGAGGCAUGUACAGAGAUCGAGGAGCAGUUGGACCGAAAUCGGAAGUGGGUUCCGUUGAUCGGAAGCGAAUCAAUGACGUCCUUGACAAACAGCUUGAGCGAUCGUCGCCGUCGACAUCAAGGACCAUCAACGGCAAGGAUAGGUCGGCACAAUCCAUGCUGACCGGUAAGCCACACCCUGAUCACAGGGACCCACGUUCUGCUCCCGUCUCCAAAAACACCAACGCUUCAGAUGAGGAAUCUGAAACAGACAGUGAAGAAUCAGAUGUUAGUGGUUCUGAUGGAGAUGACACAUCUUGGAUUUCAUGGUUCUGCAAUCUGAGAGGAAAUGAAUUCUUCUGUGAGGUUGAUGAUGAUUACAUCCAAGAUGACUUCAACCUCUGUGGAUUAAGCAGUCAAGUGCCUUACUAUGAUUAUGCACUUGAUUUAAUUCUGGAUGUUGAAUCCUCCCACGGUGACAUGUUCACUGAGGAACAGAAUGAAUUAAUUGAAUCAGCAGCGGAGAUGCUAUAUGGUCUGAUUCAUGCCCGAUACAUUUUGACAAGCAAAGGAAUGGCUGCUAUGCUGGACAAGUACAAGAACUAUGAUUUCGGUAGAUGCCCAAGAGUUUACUGCUCUGGACAGCCCUGCCUUCCGGUUGGUCAGUCAGACAUUCCUAGGUCAAGUACUGUGAAAAUAUAUUGCCCUCGAUGUGAGGAUAUUUACUAUCCUCGGUCUAAGUAUCAAGGCAACAUUGAUGGAGCUUAUUUUGGGACUACGUUUCCUCAUCUCUUCCUGAUGACGUAUGGACAACUGAAGCCACAAAAACCAUCACAGGGCUAUGUUCCGAGAGUCUUUGGUUUCAAAAUUCAUAAGCCAUGAAGAUUACAAUUUAAAGCUGGAACGAAAGAGUUGCCCUUGUCUUGUUUAACUAUCUUGUAAUGUUCUUUGCAAGGUUCAGCAGAUCAUAAGAUUUCCACAUCAGUGCAAUCUAGGCGAGCAUAUUGUAAAGAAAUUUGCAGGAGUGUCGAGCAAGUGCUUUGUUUCAAUUUCAGCUUGGAGUUCAGUGAACAAGUGCAUAGGUUCUUUUAUGCUCUUUCGAUGCUCUUGUAUUCUUGCGAUUUGCUUCUCUUCAUGCUGUUUUAAGAUUGUGAUUACAAAUCCCCUGCUAUAUCUUAUAUUAUUUUAUUCCUUUUUUUCCCCUUAGCAAUUUAUGUAGCGAUUGAAUAGAUGCAUUGGCCUCAACGAAUUCGGUUAUUUUAUAAAUUCAGAUUCUUAUACUA